UCAUGGGGAACACAUUGCAAAAAAUCCAAGAAGACGAAUUGCCAGAUGAAUCUCAACCAUUCUGCUGCAAAAUUUGUAUGGAGCCUUUGUUGUUACCCAGUACAAAAUUUAAGAACCAAAAUCUCUGCAUUCAUCCGUUCUGCAUUGACUGUAUAACAAGAUACAUCUCCGUCAAGCUUGUUGACAAUGUCGUCGAAAUUCCGUGUCCGUUUCCGACUUGUAAACAAUUUUUAGACCCAAUCCGUUGCCGGAACCUUGUGGAUUCUGAACUGUUUGAUAAAUGGUCUGAAAAGUUGUGUGAGUACUCUGUUUUAGGGUUGGCGCGGUGUUACUGCCCUAAGCGGAACUGUUCUGCUUUGAUUUUGGAUGAAUGCGGUGGCGUUGCGACGCGAUCAAAGUGCCCAAAUUGCAAGAGAUUAUUUUGCUUCCAGUGCAAGCUUCCAUGGCAUGCUGGAUUUCAAUGUGAGGAGAGUGGGGCAUUGAGGGAUACAAACUCUUUUGGGUGUCGUGCCAAUUUCUGUUACAACUGCGGAAUGCGAGUCGAUCGUCCCCAUGGCCGGUGGUGUGCUUCAUUUCGCCGUACAUACAAAAAUAAAUAA